AGAGAGAGAGCGCGCAGGAGGAGCAUAGAGCCUGGGCGCUGUGCGAGGGAGGGACGGACGGAGCGGUACACUGGACUGGACCGGACUGGUGGUCUGCGGGGUCGCCGACUCGUGGAGCGCUCGAGGCGCGUGGAUCAUAUACCACCCACUCGAUGCAACACUCUCACGAGUGAGAAUCGGCGCAUAUUCUUGUCGUACUGAAUACUGGCCCGCCACGUCCGAGUCGCGCGAGUGCAGUGCCAGACUUCUUUCAUUCUUGCUCGUCGCUCCUUCUCCAGCCAUUCCGCUCGUAGUUGCUCCUCCGCGGCCAGUCAGCCAACCAGCCCGCCCGCCCGCCCGCCCGCCCAGCCCAGCCAUACCCACGGAGCCAAAGCGGCACGCACAUUCCGUAUGUGUUCGAGAUUUCCAGCGAUAGGAGGAGGAGAGGGUGUGCAUACACUUGUUUGAGUAAGCCGAGCCGGUCACGGACGGAGGGCCUGGCGCACGGUCGUCUUGUUUCAUGGAAAGAGUGGCUUAAUUUGGAUUGCUGAUUAUGAAUGUUAUAAAUUUUGCGCUCGCGAGGCUUUGACUUGAACGACAGUGCGUCGGCUGGGCUUGGCGUUCGUCGUCGGUCCGGUCCGCGAGUCUUCGUUCUUCCUUCCACGAGCAGUUUUUGGGUGCCAAUCGGUGAGUGAGUUAGUGGGUGAGUGAUGAUGCAGGUGGUGUUCGAGUGAUGGGUUUUAAGGGCACUGCUUUGUGAGGAGUGGAGGAUGUGGGCCUGAAGGACGGCGGGAAGGCAGGUUGGAGGUUGAAACUGCAGGGAGGGGUUUCCGAUGAGAUUUGUUGAAAACAGGCGUUUAGUGAGUUCUCGCUGCAGGAUUUGAUCGAAAUUUGGUGAAACAGUGACAGCGCUGAAGAAGCGUCGUGGAUCCGACGACUAGUUGGCAAAAUUCGAGUCCCUCGUCGACUAUCUGCGAUCUGCUGAACUUGGACAAUUCCUGAAGAUGACUCUUUCUUCUGAACUUUGUUGGGGGCGUCAAUGACAUACAGAUCCUGAGGGGGCUUGGAUUCAACACUGUUUUUAGAUUAUGUAGUCACUUGAAAAGGUCAAGCGACGGAGUUUUGAAGUUUUGAAGUUUUGAGCGAUGAUGACUCUUAAUUCGAAAACAGCAGAAAAUUCUACAGCGAUAGAAAUUGUUCGCACCAGGUCUUCAAGAUAGUGUACUCAAGUGACAAGCUUCAAAUCUGGUCCUGGACGUAUCUUGGAUCGAGACGCGGCCCUCCUAUAAGUCCACGGAAUUCAACAUUAUGGCUCUUGAACAGGUCUAGGGUUGGAAUUUCAUCUGUUUCCAUUUGUGGUGUGUUCUCAUGGACCGAAGUCAUCCAGCUGUGCAUCCGGUAGCAGUGCCGCCACUGUUUCAUCUUCCGCCGGCACACUUAAGGAUGAAGGAUUUGCCAGGAUCACCAGGUACCCUUGGAGGUCUGGCCCUCCGAGUGGGUCAGUUCGGGUUUGCAAUCAUUGCCUUCGGUGUCAUGGUAGCUAUGACGGACUUCUCUACCGUGACGGCUUUCUGUUACUUGGUAGCAGCUAUGGUUCUACAGUGUCUAUGGAGUAUUUCAUUGGCUAUAAUUGAUUUAUAUGCACUUCUAACGAGGAGGAGCCUUCGGAAUUCUCUUCUGGUCGGUGUCUUUGUCGUUGGUGACGGGGUCACGUCAACUUUGACGCUAGCAGCCGCAUGUGCAACAGCGGGGAUUACAGUAUUCAUUGAUAAUGACCUGGGUGAUUGUGGGCCCGGUCAUUGUGCUAAGUUUGAAGCUGCUGCUGCCAUGGCAUUCCUUAGUUGGAUCCUGAUACAACUUUCCUUCUUAUUCUCCUUCUAUCUUCUGGCUACAAGGUAGCCCUGCAAAUAAGAUAUCAGCCACGUUCUUCCGACGUUUGUUCUUGUCAUGCUUUUGAUCCUGUGCAGAUGCCUUAAUCUCCUGUGCCUAAAAACCCAGAGUCUCCGUUCUAUAGAUUGUAAUUUUACUAGGUCUACAUACUAAUUCUUUGAGAGUUGUGGUGUACAUUGUCUCAAUGUACAUUGAGUUGCUAGGUUGAGCUGGGAGGAUCUUUCCUGGCGGCUUGGUCUGUAAUCUAUGGAGUACAAAUAGUAGUCAGUCAAUCAUCUUGCUCUCUGUCAGACAUCCAAAAUUCAUGGUUUGUUCUGAUGACAUCUUAAUUUUUGGUCCUUCAGUAGAUGCUAGAAAGUCUGAGUCACUUGAAAAGCAUUAUUUCGAUGUGCGUCAAUUUGCUGUCUGUCAUUCAUGUGACAGCGUAGCUAGUCGUCCUUCUACAAGUUGUUAAGCAGUAGACUGUGAUUUCGACCUCUCUUCUUUUGCAUGCCAGAGGAGCAUAAGGUUCCAUUUCAAAUAUUAAUAUGAGGGCAUUCUUGUGUCCUCUCGUUUCAGCUCGUCUUGAAGCUAUGUGUUCGACCCAAAAAUUUAAGAUAAAUUGCAUACACUGAAGUGGCUCGCUGCUGAACUCACAGUUGGAACCAGUUAAUUGCCAGUAGCGAAGGUCGGAAUUGUGACUAGGUGACUUCUGUUUUACCUCUCGCUCAUAUUCACAAAGAUUUGUCCAUGAUGUGGAAUUUCCUCUGACCUUAGGAUUCUAAAAUGAACAAUUCUAGCAUUCGGGUCGAGAUCUCGUGUUUCAGGCUCUUAGUAGCCAUGGGUAGUAGCAAAGGUGAUCGAGUUCUUAGUGGAAAGCGAACCACAGUCUAUCUUCGCCUUUAAAGGCAAUUCUUGUCAACCUUGCAACUAAGUUCUUGUGACUUUUGUGGACCAUGCCGAACGGCUGUAGUUUCAGUGCAAAUCACAGUGCCAUGAUUUGCAAUGUGAAUCAAG